GUCAGUCCCUCCGUUGCCUGGUGUGAGUGAGGGGGUGUGAAACAGCCGUGAGCCAGUGUCUAUAUAUUGUCCAGUUUACUGUGUACUCUGCUUUAACUUUAACACGCGGACACUACCCCAAGUUCCGUGUACACUUUCUGUAGUGCAGUUGCCACCAUGAUGCCCCCAGCUGGUCUCCCGCUGCACCAGGGGUGUAUUGGGAGCAGAGGGAGGAUGAUGUGAGAUGAUUGUGAUCAGUCAAGUGUGAGAGAUGGAGAACAAGGAGCAGGGGCUGACCAUGCCCUUAGUGCUGGGCUCCAGCCUGCCUCCCGUGGCAGAGUCCAGCCCGAGACCCAAUGCUGACCUGUGGAAUGAAGCCUCCGCUUGUCCCUCUGCAAGGUCUGGUGGGGGAGGCAGCAGGUACAGGGAGUCAAGCGCCUACUCCAGGUCGACGAUGGAAGGUGGUUCCCUCAACCUCAACACCAUGGCCUUCGACCCCUUUAGCUCAUACAAGGUCAAUGAUCUUAACAGCUAUGCCAUGAACGAUCAACGAUGGACCUUGCAGAGGAAAAAGAUUGGACUGAAGCGUCGAACUAAGAGAACAUGGGAGAGAAAUGACAGAAUUAAACAAACUGAUGACAUUAACCUCUCGUUUAUAAGGACACAUUUCACACGCAAAGAGUGUAUCAGGUACGUGAAAAGACCCAAUUCAUUUACGGAGGGCUCCUGCUUCUGUGGUCUGAUGCCGGACGAGCACCUUCCCCUGGCCAGUCUUGUCCCUGUGCCCCCACCACGACCACAGGGAGAGGGCUUUAUGGCGAUGAAGAGCUUGCUGGAGAAAGAAGAGGAUGCAAAAAGGUAUAAGCCCAAUAACCUCGUCUCCAGUAUCUUGAGCUCCCUCGGACUGAAGUCCCCCAAGAUGCCCUCCCUCAGCCUCUCUGCCAGGCUUCCUGCCUUCACCCAUACGUCAAUCAACCCUCACACCAUCAUCUCGCAACCUUCCUGCCAGGAUUUGGAGACUGGGGAGGAAGAAUGGGACAUGAACAUCGUAAACCCCUUCAACUCUCUUCUAGUAUCCAGCAGCGUCACAUCACGUACUAGACGACGCAAUACUGUUGCUCCAGGCGAGUUAUGCUCGUCCCCCAGAGCUAUUCCUUGUCGAUCACCCCGGCUAAUGGUACCUCCCCCUGAUAGUGCAUGGAAGAGCAGCACCCACCUCGUGGAAUUGCCCACCAAUUCCUAUGGGACUAUCACGUUUGUCAACGAGACAGCAGGAACAAAGAAACCAGCCAAGUAUGUUAGGAUAUCUUCUGACACACCCAUGAAGAACGUCCUCACUCUGCUCUCUGACUACUGGCGGCUCCUUGACCCCAACCGGCCCCAACUGGUCAUCUCAGUCACAGGAGGAGCCAAGAACUUCCAGCUAGAUGGCAAGAAAAAGGAAACCUUUUCCUCUGGUCUCAUAAAGGCAGUUAAGUCAACAAACGCAUGGAUUAUGACAGGAGGGAUGCAUGUGGGCAUCAUGCGGAGUGUAGGUGAAGCCGUCAACCAGGGGCAGUUUAUGGUCAAGAUAAAACGAAAGACGUUCUUUGCCGAGGAACGUGAGCAAAUGAUCCGAGGCAUCAGAUGUCUUGGGGUGGCACCCUGGGGUUAUAUAGAUGGCAGGGAGUCCUUCGUCAACUCCAACGAGAAUGUCUUCGCUUCUGUCAAGUACAAGGCAAAGGAGGAAGUCCUCCAACAUGCCCCAUGCUCCCUGAAUGGGGAUCAUACCCACUUCCUACUUGUUGAUGAUGGGCACAGGAAUAGCUUCAGAGGUGUCGAUGAGUUCAGGACUCGUCUAGAGGAAGGUGUCCGUAAACCAGAGCCGGAAGGUUUGGGGGUGCCAAUUGUGCUCCUGCUGCUAGAUGGGGGGGUCAACUCAAUUGACAAGUGUGCUAUGGCUCUCAGGCAGGCCAUUCCCAUCGUGGUGGUGGCUGGCACAGGCAGAGCGGCAGACCUCCUAGCAUAUGCUGUCUCCAUGACCAUAUACACUCCCAGUGGACGUAGCAUCAUGCGGAAGGGCCACCGCACCCAGCUACUGAACAGGAUCUCCAUUGUCAUGCAGGAGCUUCAAGCAUAUCCAUGGAAGCAACAGAGAUGUGCAGACCUGCUGAUUGAGUGUUGCAAGAAGGUCAACAUGAUCACUAUCUUCGACAUCAACUCCAAUGAGGGCAUGGACAAGUAUAUUCUGUAUGCCCUGCUCACAGGUGAGGAGCAGACAUCACGGCUGGAUCAGCUGGGUUUGGCACUGCUCUGGGACCGUCCAGACAUAGCAGAGAGUCAUAUUUUUGCAGGACAGCAAGACUGGCCAUCAGGUGCCCUAGAGGACCUCAUGACAACUGCUCUCCUGGAGGAGAAAGUGGAGUUCGUCAAGCUCUUCAUCAUGAAUGGUCUGGUGAUGGCUGACUACCUCACUGUAGACAAGCUGCGCCACCUUUACAACAAGGCUUGUGUUCCCAACACUCAUCUGAUGGGACUGCUGCAGCGAUCCUCCCGACAGCAUGGCCAUCACCACCUCAUCCACGUCCAUUACCUCCUGCAGGCAAUGAUGAGACGCCACACAGAUCCCAUCUAUGAGGCUGACACCCCUGAUGUCAUAACUGACAAACCUUCCAUUAAUUAUCUCACAUUUGAGGACCCAUAUAUGGAACUGUUGCUGUGGGCCAUCCUCAGCCGCCGGAGCAAGUUGGCAAGGUACCUCUGGCAACGGUGUAACUCGCCGCUGUGUGCCACUAUUGUCUCCUCUUGCCUGUACCGCUCCCUCUGGCUUUCCCUGGGUGCUAAGAAUACUGACAUCCGGGAUGAGUACCUCAGGAACAAGGACAUAUUUGAACGCCUUUCUGUUGAUCUUCUGGCCAUAUGCUACCAGGCAGAUAUUGUCAAUGCCAUGGGCCUAGUAGAGCGAAGGAAUGCCAAGUGGGGCAACAUGGACUGUCUGGAGCUGGCAGUGAUGGCUGAUGACAAGUUCUUCAUCUCGACGCCUGGUGCCCAAGCAAGCGUAGAGUUCAACUGGCGGCGUGGCAUGAGCAGAGCGCCUUUCUUUGCUGUCAUCAUUGCAAACUUCUUCCCAUUUCUCAUCUUCUGGCCUCGCUUCUUCCGUUUCCAGAAGUUGGGUGACAACGGGGGUGAGCUGACCACAAUGCAAAAGUUUGUCGUCUUCUAUAAGUCGCCAAUUUCUAAAUUCUGUGCUCACUCCUCAGCCUACGUGUGUUUCCUGUUUCUAUAUGCCUACGUUGUCCUCUUUGACUUCAACUAUAAAAUGACAGUUAUGGAGAAGCUUCUCAUCAUCUGGAUAUUUACUUAUAUCAUUGAUGAAAUCUCAGAGAUUGCAUCGGAACAGUCGCUGACUGUGCGAGGCAAGAUCUCAGACUGGAUGGGCAGUGUGUGGAACAGGUUUGACAUGGUGUCAAUGCUGCUGGGCACUCUGGCACUUGUCCUGCGGCUCUUCCGGGAGACCUUUAAGUGGGGCCGCAUCGCUUACGCCAUUAAUACUACCGUCUUCUACUGCAGACUCUUCAGGAUCUAUCAUGUCAGCUACCACUUGGGCCCCAAGCUAGUCAUCUUCUACAGGAUGAUUUCUGAGGUGCUGGUGUUCAUGGCUCUGCUGCUGAUCUUCAUCCUGGGCUAUGGUAUUGCCUCUCAGUCAUUGCUGCAUCUGACACGAAGUGCACUUCACCUAAACUCAUCUGCCAUAGGCACCAUUAUGGAGGAUGUGUUGCUUACCCCCUACUGGCAGAUGUACGGGGAGCUUCAGUUGGAGGCAGUCACAGGUGAAGACCGAAAUGUGUGUCACCCAAAUUCAUGUGUUGUGAGUGAGGUGUGCAACAACAAUACGAUGACCUGCAAGCAAGGGCUGGAUUGUGUGUGUGAGAACCCUAAGGAAUACUCCUGGGCCGUCAACCUCAUGCUCUUCUUUUACCUCAUCAUUGGCAACAUUAUGCUUCUCAACCUUCUCAUUGCUAUCUUUACGUACGUAUUUGACGAAGUGCAGGAGAAUAGCAUGGAGAUCUGGAAGUUUGAAAUGCUGCGACUCAUUCGGGAGUACGAUAUGAAGCCAGCUCUCAUUCCUCCAUUUGUCGUAAUUGAGUAUUUGUGGCGGUUCUUCAAAAAAGUCUGGAAGCUCUCUUGUCGGAAAGAAAGAGAAAAUUUGGAGGACUACAUGAAGGACACAUUGGAGUCACUGAAGCUUUUUGAGAAGGAGUCCAUUAUGACGUACUUGGCCAGGAUUGCAUACACCGAGGAAUGCAGCAUUGAUAACCGGGUCAAGAGAAUGUCCGAGAAAAUUGAUAAAAUAGCAAAAUACAUCGAGCAGAAGGGAGAGCUGGAAGAAAUGUAA